AUGACAGAAUCCUUUUACCACAGCGCUGCAGACUUCUUCUCAUCGACUACUAUGAGCGAACAGGUUAUGAGCCCAAACGGGUCGUCUGACGACAACUACACGGCACAGGCGUCGCCGACUACCAGUCACGCAAGGGCUGCGUCGGAGCCUGCCGUGGUCGUACCAUCGCACGCUCACGCAAGGAGAGCGGACAACGAUGCGCUGGAGAAGGUUCUCAAGUUGCUAAACGGCAUGGACGAGCGCGUUAAGUAG